AUGUCAACCAAAAAGAUCGAGCAAUGGGAGAUUGAGCGCUAUUGGGAGAUCUUCGCCUCCCUCUCUAAUGGCCAAUCCCGCCUCAACAGCACCCAGGCUGCCUCAGUCCUGCGCAACAGCCGCCUGCGCGAUGACCAGCUCGAGAAGGUCUGGGACAUUGCGGACGUCGAUGGCGACGGCGAGCUGGACUUUGAAGAAUUCUGCGUAGCCAUGCGCCUGGUCUUUGAUCUGGUCAACGGUGAGCUACAAGAGGUCCCGCCCGUGCUACCCGACUGGCUCGUCCCUGAAUCCAAAUCACAUCUCGUCCACGCCACGAAGGCAUUAAGCAGCCGACCGGAACAAUUCGAGCGGAUAGAAGACGAGGACGACACGCUCGGCCUGAAGGAUGGCUUCGAUUGGUACAUGAAACCGGCCGAUCGGUCCAAGUACGAGGACAUCUAUAAUGCCAGCCGGAACCCACGCGGCCAGAUUACCUUCGAUUCACUAAGCGCCCUAUACGACUCACUUGAUGUCCCCGACACUGACGUCCGUUCCGCUUGGAACCUCGUCAACCCUUCCGCUGGCCAGGCAAUCAAUAAAGACUCCGCCCUCGCUUUCCUCCACAUUCUAAAUUACCGACACGAGGGCUUCCGCAUCCCGCGCACAAUCCCCGCAUCCCUCCGCGCCUCCUUCGAGAGCAACCAGAUCGACUACCAAAUCGACAACAACACGAAGCCUGCGCAACGCUGGGCUGGCGAGGGAAACACCGAGACGACAAGCGGCCGCAAGGCCAAAUUCGGCGACACUUAUCUGAGCCGACUGGGCGUUGGCGGUAAGGGUUCCUAUCAGCCCAAGGGCACGGACUUUGGCGAGACGAUCCAGGACGAGGAGUGGGAGAAGGUGCGGCUGCGUCGGGAGCUGUUUGAGAUUGAGGAGAAGUUGAAGGCGGCUACACAGGCUAGCGAGAGCCGGCGCGAUCAGCCACGGAAUGAUGGAAGGUCGAACUGGGUUCUUAUUAAGAAGGAAGCGCUGCAGCUUUUGGAGUAUAAGGAGCGCGAGUUGAGGGAAUUGAGGGAAGGAGUUGGGCGGUCGAAGGAUGGCCAGGAUUUGGAGCGCUUAAGGGAGGAUGUGAAGACUGUUGCCGAUCAGGUUGAGGGGUUGAAGAGCCAUUUGGCGCAGCGCAAGGGAGUCCUUGCAGAUCUGCGAGACGAGAUUCAAGAUGAGAGGGCUCGGCGAUGA